CAGUCUGCGGGUGGAGUUUGAUAUCGGUUGUUCGUGUAAUUUUUCGUCGCUUUCGCGUAUUGCGCCAACACUAAAGGUGACGUCGUCGUGCAAAUUGCGACGACCCUUUUUCUGUAGGAACAUUUAACUAUUUUAGAGUUUCUGUUCAAGUGGAAUUUAUGGUGACUCAUGAAUAAAGUGUGUUUUUGAUUGAUUUUGAAGUCUACAACGUAGAGGAGAAAAUAUUUAUAACUUUGAUUGUUUGGAAGUUGGAGUGAGAGCGAUGGAAGCUUAAUCGGAAGAAACCUAGCCGAAUAUUUUGACUGAGUUUUUCUUAGUGAUUCGAUCGAAGAAGGCGUUGUCGCAUUUAUAAAAUCGCUAACGUAUGCAGUAGAUUGCUGGUUAAGUAAGAGGCAAUACCUACCGGAUAGACGUUCGUAUUCCGGAUAUAGUGGUAACUAACGCCAUAGUGCAAAACCAGAAAGUGAAUUCAUAAGUGGAAAAUUUAUCUUAUUUCUAAAACGGCUGAGGCAAACGUCCCUUAAAGUGGGAUAGAGCUAAUAGAACCAAUGGCAGCCAUCCGCAAGAAACUUGUGAUCGUCGGCGACGGUGCCUGCGGUAAGACCUGUCUGCUGAUCGUGUUCAGCAAGGAUCAAUUCCCGGAGGUGUACGUACCGACCGUGUUCGAAAAUUACGUUGCUGACAUCGAGGUGGACGGAAAACAGGUCGAGCUAGCGCUAUGGGAUACCGCUGGACAGGAAGACUACGACCGGCUCAGGCCUCUGAGCUAUCCAGACACCGACGUCAUACUGAUGUGCUUUUCCGUGGAUUCGCCAGAUUCGUUGGAAAAUAUUCCCGAAAAAUGGACCCCUGAGGUGAAACAUUUUUGUCCAAACGUACCCAUAAUUUUAGUUGGUAACAAAAAAGAUCUCAGAAAUGACCCCCACACAAUUAAGGAAUUGGCCAAAAUGAAACAGGAGCCAGUGAAGCCACAGGAAGGACGUGCAAUGGCUGAGAAAAUAAACGCAUUCGCUUAUUUGGAGUGCUCGGCCAAGUCGAAAGAAGGCGUGCGUGAGGUGUUCGAGACCGCCACCAGGGCUGCGUUACAGGUCAAAAAGAAGAAGAAGAGUAAAUGUGUUUUGCUCUAAAAGAGCAUCAGUACUGCUUACUGCAACAAACAACAACAUACACACAACCACAACUACAUACACAACAAGAAGGGUGAAGUAAUCGAAAACAGUGUUAGGAAAACAAACGAUAAAGAAGGUGGUCGCCGUCGAUUAGUUGAAAGAAAUUUUAGGAACGACCGAAAAGCAAAACGUUUUUUUAGCGGCAGGAUUGAUGGGCAUCGUCUUACGUUUCUUGGAGAGGAAUAGAAGUGUUAGGGAUGGACGCAGGACAAACGCAAUGCCGGAAUCAAGAAUCAACUACUAAACAAACAGAUCUAUCUCUACCGUAUAGUAACUACAGCAAAGCAAACACACAACAUACAUAUUUUCAGUUAUGCGGGCGUUUGUGCGAGCGUAGAAGAAAUGUACGGAAUGUGCAAGAAGACGUAUUUUACUCCAACUUCACUUAUUAAGAACAAAAGAGUAAAAAGCGUUCCGUGAAAACAGAAAUGUAAGCGUAAUUAUAUUCGCAACAAACUUAUUGGGUAUACACACAGAAUCAACACUACAUAGCAAAAAACAGACCGGCAGACGCCAAGCAUUUUACAGCAAGACACGAAAGAACGUGGCCGGGUUUUCUUUCCUCUCCCGUCUUUUUUAUUACUUGUCGCGCGGGCAUCUAUUAGAUGUGUUUUUAUUACUAAUUAAUAAUGGUAAAACUCCUAUUAUUAUACUUUAGAUUAUAUGAAGCAAAGAUUAUUUGGGAGGAAGAAAAGAAAAAAAAAAAAAUGUUGGAGAUAACAGUCUAAAUAAAAGGCUAGAUUUUUAAACAAAUACACAAACAAACAAAAAACGAAAAAAAACGGUGGCGAAAUAAAAUACUAACACUUAAUGAGAAAUACGAGAAACCGAGGGAAAGUCGUCGUCCCAGGGAAAAUGACGAUUUUCUGUCUAUGUGAAACCACCCACCAUCCGGAAUCAUCCGUUUCGUCUUUCGUUUACCCCACCCGGUUGCCGUCGUCACCACUGCGCAGCAGGCGUAACAAGAGUUCGUUUUACAUCGGAAUAGUUGCGAGCAAGGAAUUUACACCCGAGAAAAGAUGACUUGUAUAAUAUGUGAACACUGAUUCGAUCAGCGAACAAAUUUCCCGGUUGUAGUGACCAGAAAGAUAAACACGCUAAAGCAACCAACCGGAGGGGAGUAAACUAGGCAAUCAUCAUUUCACCUGUUCCGCACAGAGAGAAACAGACGUUUAGCUAGAAAUGUAAAACUGCCGAAUCGACUGGGUGUGUAACAAAACACUACUGAUCGCCUUUUGGAUACUUUCAUAGACCACCUUACUUACUUAAAAUCGCAUCGAUCGUUACACUAGUGUUGUAGAAAGUUUGUUUUUCCAGAGAGAAAGAUCCCGGCUUGAACUGGAGUUGAUACAAAAUUUCAAGAAAGGACAAUUCGUAAUAGUACCUCACGGUGAAUCAAUUCACAGUUUGCCAUUGUGUUAGGUGUAUUCACUAACUAACGUCAAAUACCAACCAGUUUCAAAGAAAACAAUAUACACAGUGCUUGUUUGGAUUUGCAUUUAUUGAAGCUCUAGAUUUGGUUUGUCACCCAACAACUGCAUAUUCGUCCAAUUCAGUCAAACCUGCACAUACGAAUUUGGAGCAAUUUCCUAGCUCAAAGAAAACCUUUAAUCCACGCAGCCACACAACACAUGAGAAGUAAGUAGAACCUGUGUCCUGUGUGUGUAUGUGUGCGUAACAACACUAGGAUAAAGAAAAACUAAUUUCCUCAGCUUUAAACUGGGAAGAAAAAAUACAGAUAUGUGAGAUAAAGUGCUGAAUAUUAAAAAAAACUAGAUUAAAUUAACACCGCAGAUCGCUGAAUCUACUUCGGUUCAAUCAUAUUUUGGUUUGUACAGCAAUAUUGUAGUUUAGUAAUUUCUCUGAGCAAAUGUUGCUGUUGCCAUUAAAUUUGUCGUGUGGUUAAUCCGAAGUACCAUUGUAACCAACGUUCGGAACAAAAAAUUAAUUUGAAUUUCACCUUAGGUUGCAUUACAAUUGUCUCACAAUAAUACAAGCAUAGUUUGUGCGUUGGGUUUGUUGCAUCAUUGUCCUAUUGAGUUUUAUUUAUUGAUGUUUAUCAAUUUUACUAAUGGGUAGAACAAAAGCAGUAUAAUUAGAAUAAAAAAUUGUAUUUUUGUAAGCAAGCAAAUCAGUGCGAUUUAAUCAGACACUCUUACAUGGUGCAAGUAGCAAUGAUAAAAAAAAUACAUGCUUUCAAAAGUAAACAUAAAAUUGUUGAUCGUCAUUGACCAACAUUACAGAAAUACGUGUCUGUAAAAAUGGCAUCAGAAAAAAAAAUUUGCAUGGCAGGUAAAAAUUCUAGGCAAGACCAGAAAUCAAUUAUCAAAAUAAACGAAUCGCAGAAUGUAUAUUACACACACACAAUUGGUUAACCUACCGCUAACUUCUUCAGCUAUCAUAAACAUACACGUACAUUUAGAGACUUCAUAUAGGUAAAACUAACUAAUUGAAUUUUGAAUAAAAAAAAUACAUUUUUUCAUUUUCAAAACGAUCAUUCAUACGAUAAAUAAGCCCUAAAUGUAACAUUUACUGAUUAGUUAAGUACACGCGAGCAGGAGGAAGAGAAAAUGAAGAAAUGUUUUUAAAACUUUUAUUGAUUAUAAACGCAAGCAAACGCAAUGUUUUCAGAAGACAGAGACCACUGACUUAUUGUACUCCGAAUACACAGAACUUGGGGGAA